CUCUUGACCUUUGCUGGCCAAUCAAAUGGCUGCAUAGCUUCCUCCAUACCCCGUGGAUCAGCAUUCCUUCUGUAUAUAAACGUAAACUAAAAGGACAGGCUACGAAGAGAGUGCCCAGUCAACCCUACGGCAAUAGACAGUAGCCUCUUUCAGGCCAAAAAGAGCUCUAAACUUUCGAAGAGACUGCAGGAGCACCAGUUCUCUCUAAAUCCUUUCUCGCUUUGCUCGCUUUCUGCAACAGAUCAAGGACGGGACCACAGGCUUCUAAACACUCAGCUGGUAAACAAAGACAGCAACUAGAGUAAACGAUGCACAGGGAAGCUUCUUUCUCCUUCGAGAGCCCUCGCCCAGAUACUGAAACCAUGAGGCAGAGAUCACUCUCAACCAAUGACAGUCACUGUCCCAGCUACCUAGCCAGCCCCACUGUACCCAAGCCUGAUCAAAUGCGACUCUCUACGUCUCCCUCCUCCUCCUCUCUCAACACAGCUGGACUCAACAGCUCACUGGGUCUCAAUGCUUGUCGCUACAAGACCGAGCUCUGUCGUCCCUACCAGGAGUACGGGUACUGCAAGUAUGGGGAGAAGUGUCAGUUUGCUCACGGGAUGCACGAUUUAAGGUCCCUCCCUCGUCAUCCGAAAUACAAGACGGAGCUGUGUCGUACCUUUUACUCCACCGGUUACUGUCCUUAUGGCAGUCGCUGUCACUUCAUUCAUUCCAAGAACGAGUCCCAGGGUAUCGACAGGGCUCGCUCUUUCCCGCGUCCAAUCAUCCCAGCCCCUCCCACCAGUCCCUCUCAAGACUCGGGUAUCUCGUCACCAGACGAUAAUAAAAUGUUCUUUGUUGGGACGAGCGGAAGAAACGGGAAAGUGUUCGAUUUUCCUGUUUUUGAGCCAAGCGAGCCUCAAGAUGGUUACGAAUAUGUUCAGGAUCCGUCUCUAUGGGGUAAUGGAUACUCGUCACCUGUUGACUCAAUGCUCGGAGAAACUGACGUCUUCUCUUCCUCCCUCUCCUCAACUUCCCUCUCUCCCGUAAAGCCCAUGAUCAAAAGCUUUGAAGAGACCGAGCUUGCUACCACGUUCUCCAGUAUUAGUCUUGACGAUGGGAUUUUCGUAGGAGCUGGUCACAGUCGUCUGCCUGUCUUUGAUAAGCUCAAUUCUCUGAGUGCCACAUACCUUGAAGGUAAAGAAGGAGGCUCUCCAUAGGGAGAAUGAGGGAGACACCUGUCUGUGUAUUGUCCACUAAUCAGUCACUUAACGUGUUUCCCUUGCUUUUGGCUGUAAGUGCAAAUUGUAGGAACACAGUUCUUCAUGUGUAUAUUGCUCAUCUUUGUCAUAAAUAUUUAGCACCUUUUUAUAUUACUGGAACUAGCUUAUCUUCUUUCUCCUCCAUCCCUCUCUCUCUUUUUCUCCCCCUAUACAUUCUAUCAAACAUUAUAAUCCCCAAAACAGGUUUAAUCUCAAUCCCUUAUUUAUUGCUAUUAUUUAUUGGCUGCCCUUUAAUUAUUAUUAUUAUUAUUUAAUUAUUUGUUCACAGUGCCCCACACAUUUAACAUUUAUUUAUUCAAGAGAGUCUGAAAUUUGUCAAUCAUCAAUAUUAUUAUUAUUAUUAUUAUUGUUUUUGUCGUUUAUUGUUCAAUAUAGCGCUCCAUCAUGGAUUUGU